AUGUCCCGAGGAACGGUUGCCGUCAUUGGCGCAGGACCGGGAGGUCUUUCUGCCCUGAAAGAGCUUCGCGAGGUCGGCUUCGACGUGACGCUGUUCGAGAAGCGGUCUGAUGUGGGCGGCUUGUGGACGUUCUCGGACGACCCGUCCGUCACCUCGGCGAUGGCGUGGACAAAGUCGCAAAUUAGCAAAUUCAUAUCGUACAUGUCCGACUUUCCGUUUCCUGACCACUAUCCUGCCCACAUCUCGGCGCAAGAGUGGUCUGACUACUACAAGAUGUAUGCCAAAAACUUUGAGCUUUACGAUAACAUCGUUUUCAACGCGGAUGUAGACUUGAUCCAGAGGAACCAGGAGAAAGGCAAGUGGGUGGUGCACAUCAAAGGCGAAGCGACGCCGCGGCCAUUUGACAGAGUUGUGCUUGCUAGUGGGUCGGAGACAACGCCGGUAUAUCCAGUUAUUGAGAAUCUGGACCAGUUCGAGGGGAAGUUCAUGCACUCUCAAGCCUACAAAGGGCCAGAGGGGCUCAAAGACAAGAAUGUGAUCGUCAUGGGCAUUGGGAAUACGGCUUGUGAUACUGUCGUGGAACUCGCAGACUACGCCUCGAAAGUGUAUCUGUCACACAGACGAGGUGCGAAAAUAAUUCCUCGCAUGAAUCAGGACGGCCCUCUAGAUGCUGUGAUGUCGUGGCGUACUUCUCGUUUCGGCCACUGGUUGGAGCACUUCCUCCCGGGUAUAUUUAGUCUCCUUACCGAGUCUGUCAUCAAGAAGAAUUCCAUGAUCCUCGGGAAACAGGAUCCAGGCUGGGGGUUCGAGCCGUCGCCCAGUCUGAAACUCAGCCUCAGCGUCAUUGUGGUCAACGAUGAUCUGUUCUCGCGUCUUCGAGAAGGCCGUGCCGAGUCGGUUCGGGGGUUGACGCGCAUCGUGGGACCGAAUUCCGUCCAGCUGGACGACGGGAGGAUCAUCGAGGAUGUGGACGUCAUCGUCGCGGCUACCGGGUACCGGCCGGAUUUCUCACUUCUGCCGGAUUUAUCCCACACCCCGGCCCCGGAUCCGAAGGCCCCGCCCCUCCCGAAUCUGUACCAAAACAUCUUUGCCAUCGACUACCCGGAUUCUCUCGCUUGCGUGAGCUACUGCACUGUCGGCGACAAUGCGGCAUCGUACCGUGAGCUCCAGGCAAUGGCUAUCGCACAGGUAUGGGUGGGCAACUCUUCGUUGCCGUCCAAGGCGGAGAUGCGCCGCAGCACCGCAGCGUACCAAAAGUGGACUUGGAAAAGGUUUCGAGCCUUUGCUGGAGCGCCCCUCGGGUCUGGCCAGCAGUAUCCGUGGUUCAGAUUCGUCCACGAGAUGGCAGGCACUGGUAUGCAUGAGUACCUGGGCUGGGGUUGGAAAGGGUGGCAGUUCUGGUGGCAGGACCGGAAGUUCUACCGGCUGGUAGCGUGGGGGGCUUAUUCGCCGCAUAUCUACCGCCUCUUCGAGACGGGCAAGCGGAAGACGUGGCCGGGAGCAAGGGAGGCCAUCAUUAAAGUCAACGAGGAUAGAGACAAGAUGUUUCCAAAGAAAGACAAGAAAAAGACGGCUUGA